AUGGCGGACGUCAAGAGCAAGAACCUCUACGAGCUAUUGGGAAAUACCUCGGACCAGGAUUCGGAUCGCGAGCCUGAACCUCCCACAAAGGCGGUGGAGAAACCACUCCCGCGACAUGGAAAGCGCGAAGCAGUGAAGGACGCACCAGUGGAAGCUGGCAGCGUAGCUGUCCGUGGCCGUGGUGGACGAAGAGGAGGUGGUUUCAGUGGAAAUGAAGCUGGUAUACACCCACCUGAAAAGUCCGCCAUAAACACCAGCCUGCUAACCAUCGAACAGCAUUCCGUGACCGAGCCACAGGCAGAAACUUCAACCGUGAUCAGACUGCUGAGGGCAACGGCCAAGAGCGUCCUGCUCGUGACCGUGUUCCUGGCUCACGUGGACGAGUUGGUCGUGGUGGGAGAGGACCUCGUCGAGGCGGCGAGUUUGGCGACCGACACAGCCGCACUGGUCGAUCAUGCUAAGCAGGUCGAACAUGGUUGGGGUGAAGCCACCGGUGAAGGUGAAUUGGCUGACGAGAAGGCCGGAGAAGCCAUUGCCAAAGAAGAAGAAAAGGAAGGAUGGGACGCCAACCAAGGAGCGGCAUGGAACGAGAACGCAGAGGCCGUCGCCAUUCCCGAUGGUGGUGACGCCAUCCCUGAGGCUGAACCGGAGCCAGAGGACAACAGCAAGUCUUAUGCCGAGUAUUUGGCCGAGCAAGCUGCGAAGAAACUGGAAGGUCUUGGCUUGAAGGAAGCCCGUGCACCCAACGAGGGCGCGAAGGACGACAAGAAAUGGAAGUCGGCCAAGGAGUUGACAAAGGAGCAGAGUGAGGACUACUUCAAGGGCGAAGAGCGGCGCAAGGCUCAGCGAGAGCGUGCCAGCAAGAAGCAAGUCCUCGACAUCGACUACAGCUUCAAGGAACCUCCCCGCGAGACUCGUGGUCGUGGUGGUCGUGGAGGCGGCCGAGGCCGAGGUGACCGUGCCGAACGUGGCGAUCGUGCUGACCGUGGUGGACGUGGUGACCGUGGAGACCGUGGAGACCGUGGCGAUUUCCGCGGUCGCGGACGCGGUGGCGGUGGUCGUGGCCGUGGCCGCGGCGGUGAUGCUCCGGCAGUCCCUGUCCACGACGAGAGCGCCUUUCCCAGCCUGGGUGGAAAGUAG